UUGAAUGGCUUGGGUUGAAUGCUUUAAAGGUUUCAACGUUUUGCGACUUUCUUGUUUGAUUGGUUACAUUCAUCCAUAAUCAACCACUCGUUCCACUUCAUUCUCUUUUUUAAUUAUACUCACAAACCGUAUCAGGUUAUUAGCUUGUGCGUUGGGAGGAACAUCGAAAGACAUGGAGUGUAUCAUGACUUUGUUGUCUAUGUGCCGCAGAUCAUUAACAUUUACUUCUUCUUCAUCUUCUGCCACUGCUGCUGAUGCUGACGCUGGUGGUGAUGUUGAUAUCCCUCCUUAUCGGGAAAAGUAUGAUGUGUUUAUAAGUUUCAGAGGCGAGGACACCCGACUUGGAAUUACCAGCCAUCUUCACUGAAGCCUUACUUCGGAAGAAAAUCGAAACCUACAUAGACUACUGGCUUGUGAGGGGAGAAGAAAUUGGACCUUCCCUGCGAAAAGCGAUCGAGAAAUCUAAGAUUUCGGUGAUCAUAUUCUCACAAAACUAUGCUUCUUCCACAUGGUGUCUGGAUGAACUUGUACAUAUACUAAGAUGCAAGGAAGCAUAUGGCCAGCUGGUUAUACCCGUCUUCUAUGACAUCAGUCCAUCAGAUGUACAAAAACAAGAGGGAAGCUAUGCAGUUGCAUUUGCUCAACUUGAAAAACGUUUCAAGAACAGUAUCGACAAGGUGCACAAGUGGAGGGCUGCUUUGACAACUAUAGCCAAUCUAUCUGGGUUUGAUAAUUCAAACAAAACUGGGACGGAAGCCGAUUUAGUCAAGAAAGUGGUUGACAAUAUUUGGAACAAAUUGAUUCGUGAAUCAUCAUGUGAUUUAAAGGGCCUGGUUGGAAUUGAAAGACGCAUCGAGCAAAUAGAAUCUUUGUUAUGCAUUCAUUCACUAGACACUUGCAUCACUGUAGGAAUUUGGGGGAUGGGUGGUAUUAGGAAGACCACCCUUUCUGAAACUGUAUUUCACAGACUUUCUUCCAAAUUCGAAGCUAGUUGUUUUCUUAGAAAUGUUAGGGAGAACUCAGAACAAACAGAUGGACUAUAUCGCUUGCAAAAUAAACUUCUAAAAGAGAUAUUGAAGGAAGAAGGUCUAUCCAUAGGGUCAACUUUUGUUAGGGAAAGCCUCAGUCGUACAAAGGUCCUCAUUGUUCUUGAUGAUGUGAGUGAUUCAAUGCAAAUUGAACAUUUAGCUGGCAUUCGUCUUCAGUAUGGCACUGGAAGUAGAAUCAUUAUCACUAGUAGAGAUAGGAGCACACUUAGGCAAAUUGUUGAAGAGGAUAAGAUCUACAAGGUUGAGGGAUUAAAACCGGAUGAUGCUCUUCAACUUUUCUGUUCGCGUGCUUUCAAGAAUAACAGUACUCGUAGAACAGAUUAUAAGGAGUUGGCAGAAAAGGCGGUGGAUUGUGUUGGAGGCAUUCCUUUAGCUCUUGUACUUUUGGGGUCCUCAUUCCUAAAUUGUAAGAGCAAAGAAGAAUGGGAAGAUGAAUUGAACAAAUUGAAACAAUUUCCCAAUGAAAAUAUCCAGAGAGUGUUGAGACUAAGUUAUGAUGGAUUGGGAAGAAAUGAGAAGGAGAUAUUUUUGGACAUAGCUUGUUUUCAUAAAGGGAAGCAUGUGGAUUAUGUAAAAAAAAUGUUAGCUAUUCGUGGAUUCUUUGCAGGGGCUGGAAUUAGAGUUCUCGUUGAUAUGUCUCUUAUAUCAAUUCAUUCAACAAAGAAAACCAUAGAGAUGCAUGAUUUGCUUCAAGAAAUUGGAAGCACAAUUGUUCAUGAACAAUGUAUUGAAGAUCCCGCUAAACGUAAUAGGUUGUUCAAUGAUGUCGAUAUCUAUCGUCUACUAAAAAGUAACACGGUAAGGGCCAAAUGAAUUCAAUUUCCUGUUCUUUUUAUUUCCUUUUUUAAGUAAAAGCAAAU